AUGGUGAACGUGGGACGCAAUGCCUUAUCGCAAGGUGAAUUCUACCCAAGGGAUAACUGGCCUCGAAAUGAUCGCCAAUACAUGGAAAUUCAAGAUGGCAGGUUCAAUACACCCUCCGUCCAUGGCUAUCCCCAGGUAUUUAUCCCCGCUCCCAUCUACGAUACCAAGGCUGUCGAACAUGCAUUGAGAGAAUGUGCUCAGAUACCGGUGAAAGAGUUCGCUCUUAUUGUAAUGCAAGAUAAUGGAGAGCAAAAAACCUAUUCCUCGACAUCUCUAAAGCCCCACUGGCCCAAAAUCUUUACUGAACGUUUCAAACGGGACUUCCACCAAUGCGCUCGAUGGGCAAAUGCAGAAGGAUCGUAUCCGAAUUCAGCCUACGGCCAAGAAGGCAUGUACGACUUGGAGUUUGACAGUGGUCAUGAAUACAGGAGACAACCCGCAAGUGGAGAAUCUUCUUCCGAAAUGCCUCAUCGCUUCCGCAACCAUCAAUUGAGAUCAGUGGGGUCUAGCGAUGACCAAGUUAGCGGCAAAAGAAAACGAACCCGAUAUCUGACUGAUGAAAACACGACUAUUCCUCCAGUCCAGAAGUUUCAACACCUCGUGAUUGGGGAUGACGUUGAGGUUGAAAAGUUCUAUUUCCUUCGCUUUAAGGACUUGCAGCAAUCAUCUUGCAAGGUCAUGGCAAAAGCGUUUGUGAAAUUGGUUGAACCGAAGAAACAGACGCAUCAUCCAUAUACGAAAGGCGCGGAUAGAGCUCCGCCAUGGUGGCCGCCCUUGACAGGCGAGAAUGCCGUCAAACACAAGGAGCCCGAUCAUCUUUACAGGCCAGAGCGCAUCCGGCUUCUGAUCCACAUUCUUCGAAUGAUCGUUCAGCCUAAUCAUAAACAGCAUGAAGCCAUACAAAAACAUGACUUGAAUGUGAAAGCUCUUGAAGAAGUUACUUGGGAAGCAGCGUCGAAUUGGUUUAAUGACAAGGAGCAUCCGGAAAAUGCUGCCAAACGACCCUUUCUCAAAGAGAUCUUCAAGGUAGCCAAGUUUGAAGAACGUUACAAGCAUGAUGGCACUGCGACAGUUCCAAUUAUGUACGGCGAAAGAGGAGUUGAUGAUUCUGAUGACGAUGAAGAAGGGUGUAAAGAAGAAGACGACGAAAAUGAAAAUACUCCCGCUUCCAGCCCUGAAAGCUCGGCAACAAUGAUGCAAGCGCCACAGCAACAUUCUCCGUUUGAGACCGACAAUCAAACUGUUAUCCAACAGCGAACCCGACCGUUGAUAGUCAGUCGCCAUCCUCAACAACCGCAUAUGGAAGAUCAGGCCGGGUACCUCGAUACAAAUUUCUCUCGCUCAAUGGGUGGAUAUCAAACACAAAGCCCGAACCUUCAACAAGAGUUCCGACGGUCCUUCAAUUCAACAGGGUUCCCCAGCCCUCAGCAGAACAUGUACUCGGGCAGCGCUGGUUGGCAAAAUAACAACAUGCUCGGCAGCUCCUCAAUGUCGGCAAACUACUGCGUCGCAAAUUCAUCUCAAGCUACGCUCGCUCCAUCGCCGACCUCAUUCCAACUACCACCCGUACCCCACGUGCAGCAGCAGCAGCAGCAGCAGCCGAAUAUGUUACCACCACCCAUGACACACCACACAUACAACGACGGGCUCCCGAACCCGCGACACUUCGAUUCCGGAACCACGCUGGGCAUCCAGCUGAGGACCGGUAGUAUGGGACACCCGCAUCAGAUGUCUCAAGGUCAUGGCUUUGGAGAUUUCAUGCAGGACGGCAGCAGCUUCGGUACUCAUGAUCCCGAGAUGAAGCAAGAGCAACAUAUCCGACCAAGCUGA